CUCUUUUAUUACUAUUUCCUAACCAUACUGCCCACCAUUCUCGCAUUCUCCAACUUUUACUCACUCGCACGCUUCUCAAAAUGCCCAUCCCAGAUCACUUUGUACUCAACACCGGCGCCAAAAUUCCAGCUGUCGGCUUUGGAACAUGGCAGGCUGCCCCACAUGAGGUUGAGAAUGCUGUGGAAGAGGCACUGAAGCAAGGCUACCGCCACAUCGAUGGAGCAGCAAUCUAUCAGAAUGAGAAUGAAGUCGGAGCUGGUAUCAAGAAGUCUGGUGUGCCCAGAGAGCAAAUAUUCUUGACAGGAAAGCUUUGGAACAGCAAGCACAGACCCGAAGAUGUGGAAGCUGCAUUGGACAAGUCUUUGAAGGACUACGGCACAGAUUAUCUCGACUUGUACCUCAUGCACUGGCCAGUUGCUUUCAAGGCAGGCGACAAGUUCUUCCCAAUCGACGAGCAAGGUGUUUUCCAGAUUGAUGAGGAGUACCAAACAGAUGACAAGCUCGCCGAGACCUACAACGCCAUGGUGAAGCUGCUCUCGACCGGCAAGGUCAAGGCAGUCGGUGUCUCAAACUUCAACAAGCGCCGUCUUGAACACCUUCUCGCCAGAACCGACGUCGUCCCCGCAGUCAACCAAAUCGAAGCCCACCCAUACAUCCAACAACCCGAGCUUUUCGAGUACGCCAAGUCAAAAGGCAUCAUCAUUGAGGCGUACUCGCCUCUGGGCAACAACCAAACCGGCGAGCCACGAACCGUUGACGACCCGAAGGUGCACGAGAUCGCUAAGGCCCUCGAGAUGGACCCUGGUGCUGUGCUCGCUGCCUGGGCUGUGCAGAGAGGCCAGGUUGUGCUGCCAAAGUCUGUAACUCCUUCAAGAAUCGCCGCGAACUUGAAGAUCAAGGAGCUGCCACAAGAACACUUCGAGGCAUUGAAUGCUUUGGAGAGGGGCAAGCGCUUCAACUACCCCAAGCACUGGGGCGUGGACAUCUUCGAAGAGGGCAAGGGCGAGGACUUCAAGAAGUUUGCGCAGGAUGCCGCUGAGGCCAACAAGAAGAAGUUCAAGAACUAGAUUGCAGAACUCUACAUUGCAAGAGGCUAAUAGACACAGAACCAAAAUAGAUGUCUCGUCAUGAUUGCAUGAAUCCAUCACAGAUACUAAUCUCAUCGACUCAACGAAGGAGCAAAACUGAUGCCUCUCGUUGGUUCCUGAGCUCAGUGUUACUGAAUCAAAUCUGCCCUUCAAAUCACCAAACAAUUAGUUGAAGGGUUGCAAACUCUACAGCCAAGCCUCAUGCCAGUUCAAGCCUUCCGCCUCGUUUAGCGUCCAACCUGAGGCGCAGUUCGCAACGAC